CAUUACCUGGACCUCGGCAGACGAGACAACGCCAGACGACAGCAAACCACGGCGGACGACAGAACUCAACGGCAGACGUCAGAACUCAACGAAUUUCAGCCAAGUUCAAAUCAUGAAGUGGCUGAUAGCUGUAACGAUAUUAGGAGCUGUAUGUGCGGCCCCACAAUUUAACAACGCUCCGUCGCCAGCCAUGAGCGCGAUAUUAGCCGAUAUGAUAAAAAACAUGAUGACUCAAUCAGCAGCCACCCGACCCAAGCUUGACGUCAAGCCUCCACCACUCUUCCCCCUACCCACGCUGGGGACGUUCAAACCGACACCCCCAUUUUUCCCACCCCGCCCCCUGCCCCCUAUGCUACCCAACCCCAUGGGGCCAACGCCCCCCGCAGGAAUGGGCGGGCCUCAGGGACCAUUUAUGGACUUGCCAAACACCGGUGCCGGCGCCCACCAGCCGUACAUGCCCAUGAGAAGUUUCCAGUUCUGUCCGCCCGGUCCCACCACAAGUGACCACUGUAAAGACCAAAAGCUGCAGGAAGCGCUGUACCAUCCUGAUGGCACCCCAAGAUACAACUGGGUACCUCCAAGAAACCCGUGGGACACAAGUCUACCUGACACAGUGAAAGACACAGCUUUGAAUGUGCUGAUGAUGAAGAUAAACUCCCGGCCAGGGAGACAACCAACGCCGAAAGAAGCUGAGCUCAUAUCUUACCUGGGCGACCCUAAAGACUACCAUAUGAUGGGCGGUCCACAGUUCGGCAUGGCUGGCUAAAGCAGCCCGAGGAGUCACGUCAUCAGUGACGUCACACUGUGUUCACACAUACGUCAUCAAGUUGGGCUUGAGUGGAGUCACAGCCAGUUGUUAUAAAUAGUGCCCAGAACAUUCGCUACAUCUUAAUAAAAUAUUUUUUACUUUGAA